AUGGUUCGUCGGACUCAUGAAACGCCUAGCACGUCUACGGAGGCGGCGAUUGACCUGACGGGAUCGGAUUCCCAUGAUGAUGACAAUCUUGAAAUGGAAGAUGUUGAUAUGGAUGCAGUUGAAAUGGAUGACGUGGAUAUUGUGCCUAAUGCGUACGCUGAUCUAUACGAGAAUGUCCACAACGACGGCAACAGUGGCGACGGUGACGCCUCUUUGCUCGAGAAUGACCGACCUGCAAUGCAAGCAGAGUCCCAAAGUCAUCUAUCUGGUACAAUUGAAGUCACUCUAGGGAAUUCGCGUGAAAAGAAUGGCACGCCGAGAGCCGUGACUUCGACGCCGCGUGAUCGGAAAAACCGUCUGCUUGUCCACCAGAUUCACGCACUUGCUAUUUUGGCUGCUGCGCGCAUCCGGAAUCGCUGGUGCAACGAUGUCUCUUUGCGCAUGGGGUUGCAAGAUAUGGUACCAGAUCUUCUUCUGCGCAAGCUACAAGCGAUCCAACCUCGACUUGAGCCACAACGUCGUGAGCGCGUGCGUAUGUUCGAGGCGUUUUUGUCUGAGCUUGUCCACUGGUGGCACGGUCGCUUUCAUGUACAUUCUCGGAUUGCAGCCGCUUCUGCCUGGAGACAGCCAAGUGCAGAAACGUGGCAGCCAAGACGCGUGACUCCGGGGACAUGGGUCGAUGGUUGGUGCGUCGAGUCGGCGGCUGAGCGAGCCAAGCGCCAUCGUGCUGAAGCGCGGCACAAGCAGCGCCCUGCAAGUGAAGUGGCUCUUUUCCCCACAGGUCCAGGCACAUCCACACCGACGUACAUGCGUCUUUUGCCUGCAGCUGAGGCGUGUGCGUCGCCCUCUGAACUGUUGAUCGCAGCUCAUGCACGCGUAGGAUCUCGCGAGACAAAGGCAAUUCUUUUUUGUGCUUUGUGUCGUUCUUUGGGCAUCCCAUCGCGUCUUGUCGUUAGCGUUCAAGUUUGCUCGAUAUCAUCUGCAUCAUCACAGGCUCGCGCACGGUCGAUGUCGACCUCAGCACCAUCAAUGUCUACUGGAACGUGCAAUGAGACUGAAGACGUUCAAGAGCACAAAGACGACGACACCCAUCUCUAUAUUGAACCCCUGGAUGAGAAGACUCCACCCACAGUAUGGGUCGAAGUGUACAGCAAGCCAUAUCAACAUUGGCUCACAGUUGAUCCUGUGCGCGGAUUUUUCAAGCCCACAGGCCUACGACACAUGGAGCCGCUUCCCUCACAGCAGCGGCAAAAUAAGCUCGUGUAUGUGACGGCAUUCGAAGAGGAUGGAUAUGCACGCGAUGUCACCGCGCGUUACACGCGCACGCUUCACACGCGUGUGGCACGUAUGCGGCCCACAGGCCGGUAUGCGGACUGGUGGCCUCAUGUCGUGCAAGCACUGCAUCGGCCCCAACGACUGGAUCGCGAUGCCAUGGAAGAUGUUGAGCUACAAGACGCUGCGCGACGUGAGCCAAUGCCAACAAGUGUCGGCGCCUUCAAAGACCAUCCUGUGUUUGUACUGGAACGACAUCUACACCGUGAUCAGGUCGUGCAUCCACCGCAUCGUGCGGGCACAUUCCAAGGGCAGCCGGUGUUCCUGCGUGCGCAUGUUGUGCAGCUGCGCUCUAUACGCCAGUGGUACAAUGUAGGCCGGGAAGUGAAGCCGAAUGAAAUUGCGCUCAAGUGGGUGAAGCAGCGGUCAUACACAACGACGGGCAAACGUCUUGAAGAGCAGGUGCGCGCCGCCAGUGGCGAUGACAUAACAGAGGGCUUGUAUGCUGAAUGGCAAACACAGAUCUUUACGCCACCGCCAGUCGUGGACGGGCACGUUCCGCGCAAUGCUUUUGGUAAUGUAGACUUGUUUGUCCCUUCUAUGCUGCCUGCUGGCGGUGUGCAUAUUCCUCAUCCGGGCGCUGCUCGUGCCGCAAAGCAGCUGGGAGUAAGCUAUGCUGGUGCGGUUGUGGGAUUCGAGUUCCGGCGCUUCCGGAGUCUACCCAAGAUGGCGGGUAUUGUUGUUCCAGCCGAAUCAGCACAAGUGGUGCAGGAUGCUAUUCGGCAGAUUGAAAUGCAAGAUGCUGAAAAUGAGCGGGAGAAAGCACAGAGACGCGCAUGGAAGAACUGGGGCAAGCUGUUGACGGCCCUGCUUGUCGCCCGGCGUGUUCAGGAUGACUAUGGUAGUAUGAUGUCGGUGUCACCCACACAAUGCCCACCGAACGGCCGAAUAGCGCCACAGCACGAUAAUGAUCAGGCGAAUGAGGAUGUGGGCGUGCGUCAGUUGCGGGAGAUGCCAUCGCCACCCUCGGCUGAUCAGCCCACGACACAACAGCUGGAUGAAUUCCAGCUUGGUACUAAGAAUGAUUCGCUUCUUCCACAUGCGCGGAGUGAUACAGAUCGAAUGGAUGCAGCUCGCCGAACUGGACGAAUCAUAUCUCUAGACGAAAUGAUCGCUGCGGAGGCGCAGCUACGUCAAAGGCAUAGGAGUCCCUCGCAUGAACGCCCAUCGGAUGAGUCGCACACAGAGGCGGAGCCCCCCCGACAAAGACGCAAAAUUGUUCUUGUUCGUCACGCGACUCCAGCCAGAGAACCUAUGCACAGCCCGGCACGGACACCAGCGAGUCCCGUGUCUCCUGCAUCGUCGCCUGCACGUCAUGGACGCCGGCGAAGUGCACGCCAGGCUGCACGUGAGCGUCGCUCGUAUGCUGAGGACCCUGCUGAUGUACAAAGUGAUGUAGAAUAA